AUGUGUAGGUCACUGCGUUACUGUGUUAGUCAUUGUCUCUAUGCAGCAAUGACAAGGCUAGAAGAAGCAAACAAAGAAGUGAACAUGCACUCCUCAGUCAGAUAUCUUGGCUAUCUUGCCAGAUUCAACCUACUGGUGGCCAUUUGCAUGGGCCUGUAUGUCAGAUGGGAAAAAACUGCAGAUGCACUGAUUUUGGUAAUAUUUAUUCUGGGACUCUUUGUUCUUGGAAUUGCCAGCAUACUGUACUACUAUUUUUCAAUGGAAACAGCAAGUCUGAGCCUCUCCAAUCUUUGGUUUGGUUUUUUGCUUGGCCUUCUCUGUUUUCUUAAUGAUUCUGCCUUCAAAACAGAUGUGAAAGAAGAAGCUACUAAAUAUUUGCUCCUCUCUGCCAUUGUUUUAAGAAUAUUAUGCGCUUUGGUUGAGAGAAUUUGUGGUUGUGUCCAUCAUCGACCGACUCUACUGACAACAGUUGAAUUUUUGGAGCUAGUUGGAUUUGCAAUUGCCAGCACAACUAUGCUGGUAGAAAAAUCUAUGAGCAUUAUUCUAUUAGUCAUAGCUUUGGCUGUGCUGAUAAUUGACUUACGUAUGAAAUCUUUUUUGGCAAUACCAAAUUUGGUAAUUUUUGGAGCCAUUGCGUCCCUACUGUUUUUCCCAUCACUGCAUAUCCCCACAAAUCCAUUUGCCUUGGCCUGUUUCUUCAGCUGCCUGAUUUCUGAUCCCCUUCUCGACGUUUACUUCAGUGGACUUUCAGUUACUGAGCGAUGGAAGCCCUACUUAUUUCGUGGUAAAUUUUGCAGAAGGCUUUCUGUCAUCUUAGUUGGAGCCAUCGAGCUAAUCUUUUUCACUCUUGCAGCCUUUAAACUGCGUGAUUUGGAUCUCUGGUAUUUUGUGAUACCUGGCUUUUCUAUUUUUGGAAUUUUCUGGAUGAUCUGUCACGUGAUUUUUUUUAUAACUCUCUGGGGAUUUCACACAAAACUCAAUGACUGUCACAAGGUAUACUAUACCCACCGUGCAGAAGACAACAGCCUUGACAGAGUUAUGGCAUCUAAAGGAAUGCGUCACUUCUGCUUAAUUUCGGAGCAGCUGGUAUUUUUUAGCCUUGUCGCCACGGCUGUUUUGGGGGCUGUUUCUUGGCAGCCAACCAACGGGAUCUUCAUGAGUGCAUUUCUCAUCGUUCUGCCUCUGGAGUCCAUGGCUCAUGGGCUUUUCCAUGAGCUGGGAAACUGCUUGGGAGGAACGUGUGUUGGAUAUGCCGUUGUGAUUCCCACCAACUUUUGCAGUCCUGAUGGUCAACCAACUCUUCUUCCACCUGAGCACGUGCAAGAGUUAAAUCUGAGGUCUACUGGCAUGCUUAAUGCUAUCCAAAGAUUUUUUGCAUAUCACAUGAUUGAGACAUAUGGUUGUGACUACUCUACAAGCGGACUGACCUUUGAUACCCUUCACUCCAAGAUCAAGUCUUUUCUUGAACUUCGGACAGCAGAUGGACCCAGACAUGAUACCUACAUUUUAUAUUACAGUGGUCACUCACACAGCACUGGCGAAUGGGCACUGGCAGGGGGUGAUGCUUUACGACUUGACACGCUGUUGGAGUGGUGGAGAGAAAAGAAUGGCACUUUUUGUUCCCGACUCAUCAUCGUUUUAGACUGUGAGAACUCUCAGCCUUGGGUUAAAGAAGUAAGAAAAGUCAAUGACCAGUAUGUUGCUGUGCAAGGAGCAGAAAUGGCCAGAGUCGUAGAUGUCGAGGAAGCAGACCCUCCACAGCUUGGUGACUUCACCAGGCAAUGGGUUGAGUAUAACUGUAAUCCUGACAGCAACAUCAGCUGGUCUGAAAAGGGCCGUACGGUGAAAGCGGUGUAUGGUGUGUCAAAGCGUUGGAGUGACUACACCUUGCACUUGCCAACGGGAAGCGACGUUACCAAACACUGGAUGAUGUACUUCCCACGCAUCACCUAUCCAUUGGUACAUUUGGCAAACUGGUUUUGUGGUCUCAAUCUCUUCUGGGUCUGUAAAGCAUGCUUUAGGUGUUUGAAAAGACUGAAAAUGAGUUGGUUUCUUCCCACGGUGCUGGACACAGGACAAGGUUUCAAACUUGUAAAAUCCUAAUUAGCAACCAAAGAGAAAAUUAAGUGAGAGCUCUGGGAACAUUCUCACUGUACUGUACUUGCAAAUUUUUAUA